CCCUAAUGAAGAGAGGAAUCCUCGGAUGCUCGACCUUGAAGUGACUUAAAGGAAAGCAUUGAUCCCUCGGGGCAUCGCAUCGCAUAGCAUGGCAGUGUGAAGAUGGCUCUGACGAGAGUGCGGGUGCCGGAAUGCCCCGAGGACGCCGACGAAUCCUGGUUCGAAGGGAUCUUCGCGAAAGCGGGACGCCGUGUCCGCGCCGUAAGUCCGUCGCAUCUCCCCACCACUAAUUUCGCCAGCAUCAUCCGCACCUAUCGAGUCGCGUUCGAAGACGAGAGCGAAGAAGAUGGGGCCUCUUCCAUCCAGUGUUUGGUCAAAUUUACUCCCCCGGACCCUGACACCCGGAACCUUCUAUGCGGCAUUUACAGAUUCUUCGGUCGGGAACUGGAAGUGUACGAGAAACUUCUGCCGGACAUGGAGUCCUUUCUGAAGGGUAAGGGCAUGACGUUGGACCUAUUUCCCCGAUUCUACGGGGGAGGUGAAAGGGCAGAAGACGCGAAAGGAUACGUGGUGUUGGAAGACCUCGGACCUCUUGGUUAUCGGGCCUUGAAGAACGUGAAGGACCUGGAUGAACCUCAUGCCUUCCUUGCACUCCAUGCCCUCGCUCGUCUACAUGCUUUCUCAUACGCUUUUCUUCAAUCUCAUCCCGUUCACAGUGAGGAUUACGAUCGCACGGUGUCGCUCUUGUGCCAAUUCCAAAAGCCCCAGAGGAGGGGGGAUAAAUGGGGGAAAGUCAGUCCGAAAACACUACUGCUUAAACGGCAUGACAUUACCGAGGCGUUAGCCACUCCGGGCGUUUCGGGACUGGAGCGGACGAUGGAAAUGGACGAACUCUUCGUCCUCGACCCUCUUUCUUCAAUGCGUGAAUGUCGAGAAGAGGUCCUUUGCUAUGAGAACAUCUAAUACCCUCUGGUGGAGAAGUACGGAUUCCCCGAACGUGAAUGCGGACCGUGGAUUCGGGGAUGCGUCGAGAGUGCGGAACGACUCCUCCUGUCCACGUUCGGAUCGACCUGUCCGGCUCGCCUCCACCUCCACGGUUUCCUUUCUGGGGACGGAGAACCUUUCAAGGUCUAUCGGGAACCGAUGAUCCCGUCCGGGACCUUGGACGUCAUCGUUCACGGCGACUUCUAUUUUCCCAACAUCCUCUACUCGUACGCCGACGACGGAGACGGCGGGAAAAUUCCUAAUUCGUGCAAAAUCGUGGAUCUUCAGCUUCUCUCCUGCUGCCAUCCCGCCGUGGACUUGGCCUUCUUCGCCUUCAUCGACAUCCCCACGACCCUCCGACGUCGCAUCCUCACCGGACUCCUCGCGACUCAUUACAAGACCUUCUGCGAGAUACUGCGGGAUCUGGGGGUGGAUCUGACGGAAGAUUUGGGGGAGUACGUAGAGAGAUUCGUGAAGACGGCGGAGACGUACGGGGCGAUGCACGCCUGCUUCGCCCUUCCCGUCCUCUACGCGGAUCCGGAAAUCAUGAAUGAUCACGAGCCGGGGACGUCCUUCCUUCGUCACAUCGAGGCCAUGAAGGCCAAGGUCCACGAAGGCAAAGGUCACCCCGUGGCCCACGUCCUCCGAGACGUCAUCCUCGACAUCUUGAACCUGCGACAGAGCAUCGAUGAGGAGACCGUCAGAAGAGAGGUGCAGAAAUUGUGAAGCGUAAUUUACGGAACGAGUCGGUCCAUACGGAUGUUUCUUCAGCGAAAGUUUUUUGCGUCCAGCUCGGAGCACGAUUCCUUUCAUCCCCUUUGUUUUCCCUUUCGAGUCGUCGUCCUGAACACGAAUUUGAUGGCAGCCCAUUUUUGCGAAUACGUUCUUUGAACGUGUUUUCGCCGAGUUUCUCGAAUGGAGAACGACCCUUCGACGAGAAUCAGACUCGGAAACUUCGAAUCCCAUAGGGACCGACAAGCAAUUUACCCUAAUUUACUCCUCUUACAAGUUUUGAAUAUGUGUAACGGGGAGGAUUCUUUCCUAUCCCCUCUCAGAUUCAUCAGCAUGGCAAAAAUCCAACGUUACAUUUCAAAAUGAGGUCGUCAGCUAGUGCAAAACGUACCCCCACAAAAAUUCAGAGCGUCAGAUAUUUAACACAUUGACGACAAUGCACGUUUUUCGUUUUUUCGCGAGUGGGAC